UGAAUCGCAGGCGCGCGCGGAUUUCGAUUGCUAUUGCCCUGCUGCUGCCCCAAAAAGUAGGCAACGCGAAUUGUGCAAGAAUCCCCCACCAAAGCUGACUCCGGGGCCACCGCAAAGCGUGCUCCUCAGCAGUGCCUGUGCAUUGGUGUUUAAAGCUUUAAUUUGGCCAAGACUGAAACUUGUGGCAGGCAAGAAGACGAUGCCGAAGGAUAUAUGAGACUGGAAGUCUACAAUUACCAAAGAACAUCCUUUUUGACACACGGCAUAAGUCAAACGGUCGAAGCGUUUUAAUUGCCACCGGCAGAAAGGACUUCCUUUGCUUGAGAAGUGCGUGUCCUUGUGUAGUCUGUGUGUGUGUGUGUUAGUGUGUGUGCGCGUUCGUCUAAAAGGUGUGCGAGUGGCAGACGGGCAAAGGAAAGGACCUCGUACAGCCCAAAUCCCCGGCCAGACAAGCCUGUUCGGCCUUUCGGUCGACAACCAUCAAAGAGGCUUACGUGCCCAAUACCCGAUACCCCGUCCAGUGACCAUUGGGCAGUGUCUAGGACGAACAGACGCCACACUCUCACACAUCUGGAUCUGGCGAGUCGGAAAACAAGUGCAAUUUGCCGGCAACAGAAACACAAUUAUGGCAGAUUCGAACAAAGCGUCGUCAAAGUUCAUUACCAACAAUAAUAGAGGAAAUAACAACAACAGCAAUCCAACCAGCAACAGCAACAUCAGGGCCAGCAAAAUGUAAGCUGCGAAGUGGGGUAGAAUUGAAAAGGCCCGCUCAGCUAGGCACUGGGCCAAAGGGUAACAACAACAGCAACAGAUCAGCUGCAACAGCAAUAGCUACAAGAAUCGACGACAAGAGCAAUCACAACAACUGCUGAAGCAACAUUAAGAAAACCAAACCAAAACGCAACAUAAAUGAAGUUAACAAUCUGUCAAAUUGCUAAAUUAUUUCUGCUGUUGACAGCCUUCUUCUUUCUCAAUUCCCAACGCGGCGCUGCCUCUUCAGUCCUCGGUCCUAGCAGCGCCAGUCCCUCCACCACCACCACCUCCUCUUUUCGCACCACCUCCACUGAAAGUAACCACAGCUCUGGGACGCGUAUCCUUGAGCCGCUUGGGCCCAAGACAGCGACAGAUUUUGCUGCAACAGCAACAGCGGUUGCGGCAACGCGGACUUCCGCAACGACAACAGCAACAACAACACUGGCAAACCAUUCACUUUCUGCAACAUCCACAACUACAACAACAAGGACAACAAAAGGUCCACGUAAUGCGCGUGAAACUGAACGUCAGAAACGUCAAAAGCAACAGCCCGCAACUGCAACACAAGAGGAACAGCAACAUCAUCAGCGCCAAAAGCAGCAGCAGCAGCAACACCAUCAGCAGAUACAACAAGAGGGACAGCUACGUCAACGGCGACAGCAACAACUGAAGCGACAACAACAGCCGGAGGCCUCAAAUCAACGAGUGGGCGUCUUAAUCCCCCCCUCGCUGCACAUUGAUAUGAUGCAUGUGCAACAGGGCUUUAAGAAUUUUCUCGACUAUUUUCAAGUCCAUAUGCCAAAUGCCAGCGUGGAUUUCCUCUAUGAUGCCGAUUUAAGUGGCUUCAUUAAAUUACUGGAGCUGCCCAAAUACACGAGCGUUGUAAAGACUUUAAAUGUGGGCACUAAUGUAGACACCGUGGACGUGGACGAGAAUCGGGACGUGAACAAGGGCCCAAAUCGUUAUGCGAAUGUGGACAUUGACCCGUCCAACCAGCCGCAUCAGCAACAUUUGAGCCAAAAGCGUGAGCGACAACAUCAUCAUCGUCAGCAAGAUGCUGAUGCGAAACCAGUGUUAGCGGGCCAGGAAACUACGUCGGAAGGUCAGGGGGCAGGACGAUGGCACGAAGCCCGCAGCCUGGGUCACUGUCAUCCACUGGCUGAGCAACUGGCCCACGAUUACAAUAAGACCGUCGUCCUGUGGCCCUGUCCGCGAAUGAAAAUCUCCAGCAAUUUCCUUCCAUCAUUCGAGGCCAUUUCCUUGGCCGUGCAGAGUAUUGCCAGCAAGCUGAACUGGUCGCAGGUCGACAUCUACGUGGGUGACGACAAUUGGGGCCUAGGACUCGCCAUAGCGGCCAACUUGCAUGUGCCGUAUCGCAUCGAAAUUGGCAGCACAAUACGUGACCUGCAUGGCCAGGAUAAGCCGGGCAAAGCAAUUAUCAUAACAGCUCCUCUAAACGAUGCCAGCACUCUGCGCCUGUUGGCCACCAUCGGACGUGAGUGGGGCGGGAGUCAGAGGAAGGAUGCGGACAGGGACACACACCCCCGUAGGCCGCACACAAAAAUCCUCUUCAUCGACAUGGUGGCCGGCUCAUUGGAUGUCGAGCAUCGCUUCUACAAAUAUUUGGCACGCAUCGCCAGUGCGGAACGGGGCAGCAACUCCAAUGCCAAUGCGAAUUCGACCUCCAGCCUGGUUAGUAGCAAUCUGUUGGUGCUGACUCUGCUAAGCGACCGACAUCGACACUUUCUGAAUGCCGCCGGACUGAUGGCAACAAUGCAGCAUUUUCGCACGCCUCAUGAAAGUCCAGAUCUGGGUGUUACUCCCAGGGGCAACGCCCCACAGAACGACACAGAACCGACAGCUAGUGACCUGGACAAACUGUAUCCCUACCGUAGCCUUUUGCCGCUCUACGAUUUGAUUGUCAACAGUGCCACCCAAUCGGAUCAGGCAGAAGCCAUUGCCAAAUACGAUUUCGUAGUUCUGGACAUUUUGCAGGAUGUUCAGGCGGCCAUUUUCAAGUGGCGACCGCUACUCAUCCUCGAGAGCGAUAAGCGGCGGGGAGAGAACGGCUCGCAGGAUGGAACAAGUGGCUCCUACAUCACCCACUCCGUGCAACCGGGCUAUGACGAGUGGCUCCUCGUCAGCAGUGUCCAGUUGUGGCAAUGUGGUGCCAUCUGCUGGACCAUUGUGGCGAUCUGUGUGGGGCUACUAGUGAUCAUCGUGGCAGGAAGUGUGGCGGCAGGAAUUGCCAUGAGAAACUAUUUCCUGCGCAAACGUCUCUCCAAGGGACCCAACAAGAUAGUACUCUCCGCCAGCGAUUUUGUGUUUCCAGUGGAUUCUAGAAGGGUGGACGAAGGCAUUGAGGCCAUGCUCUGUUGUUGGCUGCAACAACUGCAGGAGUUCGGUGGUCCAGAAGUGGACAAGCCCGACCUGCUCAAAGGCUCCAUUGGCUCUCUGAAAAAUCUUGGAUUUGUCAUACCCGGGGCAGCGGCUCCGGGGAACUCCAGUGGAGGUGCUGCCACGACCACGGUCAACGGCAAAAGCGGAACCUCGGCCACAGGAAGCUUGGCGAGGCACAAUCCCGCCCACCUGGAUAUGCGGGCGCGGUACAACGGCGAUCUCGUCCAGCUGAAGGAGAUCCACAUGAACGGCUCUGCGGAGCUACGCUCCAAGGCGAUGGAUCUGCUGGUGAUGGCCCACGGGCUUCGGCACGAAAACAUUAACCCGCUGAUUGGCUGGCUAUCCGACCCCAAUCGUACGGCCAUGGUUUUCGAUUACUGCUCGAGAGGAUCGCUGCAGGACGUGCUUAUCAUGGACGAGAUCAAGCUAGACUGGUCCUUCCGCCUAAGCUUGCUGACGGAUCUGGUGAGGGGCAUGCGAUACCUGCACACAUCCCCGCUGCGAGUUCACGGCGCCUUGACCUCCAGAAACUGCGUGGUGGAUGCCCGCUGGGUGCUCAAGAUCACGGACUACGGACUCAGCUCUUUCUAUGAGUCCCAGGGCCUGACUCCGCUGCCCAGGAGCGCCAAGGAGCUGCUGUGGACGGCACCGGAACUGCUGCGAAGUAUGAAGCACCACCAGCAGCAGCAUCACCACCACCACCAACACGGAAGGAUCCAAUUGGGCACUCAGCCUGGUGAUGUCUACUCCUUCGGCAUCAUCAUGCAGGAAGUGGUGGUGCGCGGCGAGCCCUACUGCAUGCUCUCCCUGGCCCCGGAGGACAUCAUCGCGAAAAUUAAGAAGCCCCCGCCGCUUAUCCGACCAUCAGUUUCCAAGGGAGCCGCCCCUCCGGAGGCCAUCAAUAUCAUGCGCCAGUGCUGGGCGGAGCAGCCUGACAUGCGACCAGAUUUUAAUUCAGUUUAUGAGCGCUUCAAGAUGCUUAACCAUGGACGGAAGGUGAACUUUGUGGACACCAUGUUCCAAAUGCUCGAAAAGUACUCGAACAACCUGGAGGAACUCAUUCGGGAGCGAACUGAACAACUCGACAUUGAACGAAAGAAGACUGAGCAGCUGCUGAAUCGCAUGUUGCCAAGCUCUGUGGCUGAAAAACUUAAGAUGGGCUUGGCCGUCGACCCGGAGGAAUUCUCCGAUGUGACUAUAUACUUUAGCGACAUUGUUGGUUUUACAACAAUCGCCGCCCACUGCAGUCCCGUGCAGGUUGUGGAUUUGCUCAACGAUCUCUAUACGAUCUUCGAUGCCACGAUCAAUGCCUACAAUGUUUAUAAGGUUGAGACUAUUGGUGAUGCUUAUAUGGUGGUGAGUGGGCUGCCAGUGAAGAUACCCGAUCAUGCCGAGCAAAUAGCCACCAUGGCCCUGGACCUACUGCAUCAGAGUGGUCGUUUCAAUGUGAAGCACCUGCCUGGAGUUCCUCUCCAGCUAAGGAUUGGCCUCCACACGGGUCCCUGCUGUGCCGGAGUGGUGGGUCUCACGAUGCCCAGGUACUGUCUCUUUGGAGACACAGUCAAUACAGCCUCCCGGAUGGAAUCAACGGGAUCCUCCUGGCGGAUUCACAUGUCCCAGGAGACAAGGGACCGAUUGGAAGCUCGUGGAGGAUAUGCGAUAGAACCACGGGGCCUCAUUGAUAUCAAGGGCAAGGGGAUGAUGAACACCUUCUGGCUGCUGGGCAAGAAGGGAUUCGAAAAGCCACUACCAGCUCCACCUCCGAUUGGGGAGUCUCAUGGUUUGGAUGAAUCUCUCAUUCGCAACUCGAUAACCCUGAAGGCGCAGGCCAACAAGUCGCGGACGAGCACGAAUCCCUCCUCCUCGCAGAGUUCCUCCCUGGCUGGAGAGUCCGUGGAGGUCAAGGUGGAGAUAACCCCGCCCACAAACGCGGAUCUGGGAUCUGGUGCCAAUCUGCCCAACUCCUACUCUCUGGACUCCAAUUCAACGAAUACCAUCAGCCCGAAUGCGACGCUCUGUCCGGAGUUUCCGGGCAGCAAAACAACGCCCAGCAGCACCAGUCCACAGUCCCGGAAGCUGUCGGAACUAACGCCGGACAAUCUCCUGAAUCCGAACACCUUCAACCGGCUACCGAACUCAGCGGGCGGAUCCAGUUCCCGGCUGUACAAGAAGAUCGAGGAGAUGAUGGACCUCAGUUCGCCGUACAAUCACUACAAAUGCCUCAGUCCCAGUGAGAGCAACCUCACCCAGUUCUAUGAUGGCAAAUACUUGUACGGGAUGGCGGGGGCUGGGGUGGGCGUAGCCGGAACCGGAAGUGGUAACAGCAGCGGCCCGGGCAGCGGCGUCGGCUCCUCCUCAAUAAUGGGCAGUGGAAUCGGAAGUGGAGGAGUCAACCGGUAUGACAGCAAGCCCGGCUCCAGUCGCCUGCUGCGUCGCCAGUUCAGCUUAGACCGCGACGACCAGCAGGCGAAGGGAGAGCAGCAGCACCAGCACUCCCUGCAGGCGUCCAAUUACGCCUCCUUGGUGGGCGGGGCGGUCGGAGGAGGAGGAGGUGGGUUGGGAAGCGGGGUCUCAGGGGUGAAGAGCUCCAUGCUGGAUAUACCCCUCCUCCACGACACCGCCAGGAGUCCCAAGGGAACGCUGACGCGGGCCCACAAACAGAACUCGGCCUCGAUCGCCCAGGACCUGGAGAAGAUCGAGGAGAUCCCACUGUCACCGGCCUCCUCGCAGCAUCACAGCAGUCUGGACAGCAAUCUCAACCGCAGCCCUCCCUCGACCCUGGAGGCGCAGUCGCCGCCACUGCCCUCGCUGCCGCCCCUGGCUCUGAGUCCGCCCCUGCUCUCCGCGCCCACGUCUCCCGCCCCCUCUCGAACCCUAAACGGAAUGUACGCCCACAGUGGCGCCAACAGCCAAAACAGCUCCAAUAGCAACACUAACAGCGGAGCCACCAACAACAAUAAUGGAUCCCAUCCUGGCCCAGAGCUCACGCUCAAUGCCGAGCAGCUUCUGAGCAGAUAGGGCACAAUCUAAGGCCCCCAGAGUCGAAAUGAAAGGGCGGCCAAUCAAAGCUUUAGGUCUCAACCGAACCCAGUUAGAGUGUGCGAGUGAAUGGUACGAUGAUACGAUAUAAGA